AACGUGUACAACAACCUUGCCAUCUUGUACCUGGCCCGGCCUGUUGAAUACACCCCUGUCAUCGGCCCUGUUUGUCUCCCACCGUUUGAAGCCCGCAACUUUGACGGACAGCUUUGCUGGACGGCAGGCUGGGGCAAAGAUGCCUUCGGUCACAAAGGAGAAUUCCAAGCAAUUCUCAAGGAAGUUGAUGUGCCAGUUCAAAAUCCUCAAACUUGCCAGAAUCUCUUGGGACACGUUUUGUCGACUCCGGGUCGUCCAUACAAAUUCAACGCCAGGCAGCACAUUUGUGCUGGUGGAAUCGCAGGAAAAGAUGCGUGCGACGGUGACGGAGGAAGUGCAUUGGUGUGCCAGAACCAGUUCGACAAGAAAUUUUACCUCGCUGGCAUCGUCGCAUUCGGUGUCGGUUGUGCUCAGCCUGACGUUCCCGGAGGAUAUGUCAACGUCGUCACAUUCAACGAGUGGAUCAGGCACAACACUGGCUAUCACUGAAAUCAAAUUUAUAAUCAAUUCGAAUAAGCGAUUUGAAUGUUCGAUCCUUGGAGAUUCAGCGCAAAGCCCCGUGUAUUGUUUCGAGAUUGAUGCUCGCUCAGUCACGCGGAAUAAAUUAAUGAUCAUCCGAAAAUAAAUCAAUUUUCUUGCCUUCAAAA